GCAGAUGGAUUUACAAAGCCGUGUAAAGCGUGUGGUAAAUCCCACCCCCACGACUUGCUGGGCUCGGGUUUGUGUUGUAGCUGAGCAGCUUUGACUCACCGUGGGCUUUUAUUAACUUCUGCUUGUUGCCUUUUUCCAGGUUGUGGGGUGAGUUGAGCAGCGCGAGUCCCACGACCUUGCCUGUAACUUUUUUGGGGAAGCAGGAGCCCUUCUUCUUUCUUUUUUUUUUAAUGCUUUUCCCUUCAUUUUUAUCUAGUAUCUGUUCCGUAACCUUGAUGGAUUUUUUGGGGGGGUCCUGUGAGAGCUGUGACCUCUUUCUCUAGCCCUUCCCACCCAAACGCGUCUCCAUCACCUACAGCUUCACUGUCACCUCUUCUAAUCCGGAGGGAUCACUUCCCGGGGAUCCCCAGUCCUGUUUUGGAGGGACACCGCUGGCCCCGUGUUGUCUGCAGCUCCUUGGUGAAGUUUUGCCUCAUUCUCUCUCCUCCUCCUGCAUCCCCUUGCUGUCCCCACUCUGGAGCCCCCGUGAGCUGCUUGUCCUGAUGUGAUCGACCUGUUUUCCCUCCGUCCCACCCUGGAGACUGUCCCAGCUGAAAUGAGAAGUUAAUCCUGGAGCUGCCUGUGGGAAAGGCCCCUCCAGGGCUUAUUUGGGGCACAGAUGAGAAUUCUCCUGGUGGAUUUGGUCAUCCUGAGACUGUCCCGAAGAGCAGCAUCUCCUGGGCAUAACCACCUGCGGGCUGGUGCGGGACGCGGGGUGGGAGGGAGCAGCCGUGCCUGGCUUGGAUAACGCUCCGGCUUACUUGGGCUCAAGUUCCCUCGGCUGGAAAGGUCCCUCCCGGGGCCCGGAGGAAAAACCGCCCUGGGGAAAGCGGAGAAAAGCAUCAGGUCUUGAGCGCUUGGUUAUCGGCGGCCACUUCUGGGGCUGCUGGAGCAGCUUUUCACCUGCCUUUAGGAGGGCCGGCCACCACCGCCGUGCCAGCUCGCCAUGCCGCUCGCCCGCCCCACCGGCCACCUCCCCGAGGCCGCCUGGACGUCGGGCUUCAGGGAGAUGACGGAGCCCUGGAAGGGCGCCGUGGGCUGCCUCGGCGUCGCUGUCUUCUUCGCCAUGACCAUCGGCAUCAUCUCGUGGCAGGCGCUGGAGCAGCCCCCCGAGGAGUGGGUGCUGCGGGGCCGCGCCGGGGGGCUGCUGUGGGAGUGCCGGGGGGCUCUGCUGCUGCGGGCGCUGCCGGGGGGGCGGCCGGCGGCGCUGAUCUGGGUGGGCAGCGUGCCAGCCGCGCAGCCGCCCCCGCCCCGCGACCGCUGCUGGCAGGAGGGGGGGCGCUUCUGCUACGCCUGGGAGGAGGACGCUGAGCUGCACCUGUCCCUCGAGCCCCCCCCGGCCCCCGCCACCGAGUGCUACGGCGUCCAAUGGACCCCCCUGCGCCCUGACGUCGUGCUGAAGGAUUGCUUCUCCAUGGCCAACGUGUCCUGGUACGGGGGGCCCAGCAUGGGCGCCCAGCGCUGGCCCCUCAACGGCGCCGACAGCCCCGUGCAGCCCUUGGUCACUGGCGACCUCGGCACCAACCCCACCGGCUACGGGCCCCUCCUGGAGAGGCUCUUCCUGGGCUCCACAGGAGUGACGGUGACGGUGGCACCCGACGUGCCCCUUCUCCUGUCCCUGGAGCGGGAGCGGCAGUUCUGCCUGGUGUCCCCGGCGGGCCCCGCGGCGCAGCCCCUGCGCUACCGCCUGUGCCUCAGCCCCGACGUGGCGGCCGCCGCGCGGCACACGGGCAGCCGGCUGGCGGGGCCGGCGCGGGCGCUGCCCGACACGGCGCUGCUCGGGUCUCCAAUCUGGCGAUAUCAUGGCCCUGCGGGCUCGGCCGCUAAGAUCAAGCGAGGCUUGCGGGCGCUGGCCAGGAGACUGAAGCGGCAUGGGCUGCAGGAGGGGGUCCUGGCGCUGGGGGAGCGUGGCACUGCCAUCCUCGCCGCUGCGGACCACGUUGUCCCGGAGCGGAGGAAGCGCCAGGACUCUGCCCAGGGCUGGGACCCGUCUGCCAUCGCGCCGCUGCAGCUCGCCAUCACGCUGUCCCCGUACGCCAGCAUCGCGUCCCCGCUCUUCCUGCGCUCGCUGCAGGACGGGGACACGGAGAGCCGCUGGCUGAGCCUCCCGCCCCAGCACGGGGGCUGCUCGGUCCCGCUGCUGAGCACGUGGAAGGGCCGGCUGUGCGCCCGGCUCAACGUCACCAGCGAGGCGGCGCUGGGCUGGUACCUGGCGCGGGCGCGGCGGCUGCGGCAGCUGCUGGGGGCCGCGUACGUGGCGGUGGAGGGCGCCGAGGGCAACUCCUUCCUGCAGCGAGCCGUGCCCCCGCCCGCCGAGCUGGACGGCGACCGCUACACCGGGGCGCUGGCCGCGGCGCUGGCGACGCUGGGAAAUGCCACCAUCAUCAGCGCCGGUGCCAGCUCCAGCCACCUGCCGCUGUUCGUGCAGAUGAGCCCGCGGCGCGCGGACUGGAGCCACGCGGGGCUCAAGGGGCUGGUUCCCUCCGUGCUGCACUACAGCCUCCUGGGCUACAGCUUCUUCAUCCCCGACGCAGUAGGAGGGUCCCUGGACGGUGACAGCCCUGGGGACCCGGAGCUGUACGUGCGGUGGCUGCAGAUCGUGACGUUCCUGCCCGUGAUGGCUUUCGGCACGCCGCCCUGGCUCUGCUGCGACGCCUGGGUCCUGAACCUCACCCGCCAAUGCAUCCAGCGGCACCGGGACCUGGUUGUGCCCCUCAUCAGAAAAUACAGCGAGGAGUGGCUCAGCUCGGGGUCCCCCAUCUUCCGGCCGCCGUGGUGGCUCAGUCCCAGCGACCCAACCGCCUUCACCAUCGAGGACGAAUUUCUCAUUGGAGACGAGGUGCUGGUUGCCCCGAUAACAGAGAAGGGGCAGAGGUGGCGAGACAUCUACCUGCCAGGCGCAGGGCAGGUGUGGACGGACGCCCGCACCGCGCGCGCGUUCCACGGCGGCACCGUCCUCAGGAAUUACUCCGCCGGCCUCGCCGAGGUGCCGUUUUUCGUGAGGACCUCCUGAAGUCACAGACUGGCCGGGAUGCGCUCGCUCGUCCUUGAGACUAUUUCAGCCUAUUUGCACUUUUCUACGAACCCUUUUUUAUUAUUUCAGCAGAAAUUGUUUGCCUCUUUUGUUAUUCAUUGUUAUUCUAAAAUAGCGGAAAUACAGCUUUGGCACAACCGUACACCCACGCGGAACGCUGUCCUAUACCUUUCCUGGGUUCUCCUGGUGAAAUGUUUGUGUUCUUCAAGAUGUCUCCCAUCAGUGACCCCAAAAGACGGGUGUCUCAAUAACAUUUCCAAUUAAACAUUUGUAUCUUU